UAUCUUCAGCAACACUCUCACUCACCCUUUCAUCAUGUUUCUCCACCACCCUCCAAACGACACCGUUCCUACCUCCAUUAGUCACCGAAUUCCAUCCCCUCUCUUGCCGGAAAAACUCGCCGGCGAGUUCUUGCCGGAAGAUCUCGUCACCGAGAUCCUCCUUAGGCUUCCGGUGAAAUCCCUCCUUCAAUUUAAACGUGUCUGCAAAUCAUGGAAAACCCUAAUCUCCGAUCCCCAAUUCGCAAACACCCAUCUGCAAAUCAAAACCACAAAUCACCAACAGUUAGUCUUCUCCGUCUUAGAAGAAUCCAGAAUCCUAUCUUACCCUCUCAAUUCAUUAUGCGAAAACCCAUCAACUCCUCACAAACCCGCCACCUUCACCGGAAUCGCAAAUCACGACUAUCUUAUCAUCGGUUCAUGUAACGGCCUGCUUUGUCUCCUCGAUAGCGAUCAACGCGUCAGAAUGUGUAACCCGUCUAUCAGAUUCAAUUCCGAAAAAUCUCCACAAGCCGUUUCGUUUAGUUCCAAUAUCAAGCAUCACGGCUUUGGAUAUGAUGAGGUUAAUAACAAGUACAAGGUGCUAUUAGUUCUGUUAAAUCGGAACAAUUCGAGUCAAUCGUUGACAAAAAUAUAUACCUUUGGUGACGAUUCUUGGAAAACAAUUCAGGAUUUUCCUCCUACGCGCAUUAGGCCCUUUAGGUUGUUAGGGAAAUUUGUGAGCGGCACUCUGAAUUGGAUAGUUGAAAAUGAAAAUGACGGAGGAGUUAGUUCUAAUCAAAGUGUGAUUCUUUCGUUUGAUCUGGAGAAGGAGACUUAUUCGGAAGUGUUGCUUCCUCGAAAUGCUGGUGGCUCGGUUGGUGCGUUGUAUGUUUUGAAUAAUUGCCUUGGUGCGUGUUACAGUUAUGUCGCUAAAGAUAUUCAGUGGGUUGCGUGGUUGAUGAAAGAUUAUGGUGAUGUUGAGUCAUGGAUAAAAUUUGUGAUUAUCCCUAAUUUGAAACCGGCUUCUUUUGUCGAACCUCAGUUUGUUUCAGGUAAUGGUGUUGUUCUUCUGGUAAGCAGAUUGUUUUCCCAAGUUGUACUAUAUAGUUUAAAUAGUGGUGAGUUUUAUUAUCCGUCUUUAACUAUUAAUCUUGGGAUGGAUCUACAUGUUCACCGGGAGAGUUUGGUGUUACCGCGAUGUUAAAUCUUGGGAUGUAUUUCUUCAACAAGAAGGAAGCAUUUCAAAAAAUGUAUGUACUUGCUAUGAGUAUGAGGCAAUUCAUGUAGUUGUGUGGCUCAUGUGGAAUUUCAGAUUUUUGGGUAUGUACAUUUUAGAGAAUGGUAUGUUUUUAGUUUAUGUAAAAUUUUUAGAGUUCUUUAUGUAUCAAAAGUUGGUAGAUUAUAAUACUCUAAUGCUUGCUCUUGUUAAAUGUUUGUUUGAAACUCAUCAAUGUUUCGUAGUGAUGAUUGUGUUCAUCUAUAAUAACUAGUAACAAACCCGUUCAUCUAUCAAGAAUAU